CUCUCUCUCUUUCUCUAACCCCGGUGCGAAGAGACCAGACAGACAUGGCUGCCACUCUGAAGGGAACUGUCGUCUCUCUUCUUCUUCUCUCCUCCAUUUCUCAAGGUGUCCAUGGUGUUGACGUGUUCCACCGUGAGUCAGUGAGAGCUGUAGAGGGUCAGAUCAUCUUUCUACCCUGUUUACUAGAAGUGAAGGAGGGACGUAAACCCGUCAUCUCUCAGGUAGAAUGGAGGAAGAAAGGAGAGCUGGAGGACCACAAGCUGGUAGUGUUUAACCCUAGUUUUGGUGAAACCCUCGUCUCGCCUAACGUCGCCCUGGACGUGGCGUGGGACAAGGACAAGCUAAUGGGCACAUCUCUGGUUCUGAAGGAUGUAGAGGCUAGGGACAGCGGGCGCUAUAUCUGUGACAUCACUACCUACCCCAACGGGUCCAUCAGGAAAGUCACUCGGCUGAAGGUUGAAGGUCCUGCUGUCACAGUGGCCCCCGGCAACAACGUAACUGAACCUACGGUUACCGACAACAACGUAACUGAACCUACGGUUACCGACAACAACGUAACUGAACCUACGGUUACCGACAACAACGUAACUGAACCUACAGGUACCGGCAACAACGUAACUGAACCUACGGUUACCGGCAACAACGUAACUGAACCUACAGGUACCGGCAACAACGUAACUGAACCUACAGGUACCGGCAACAACGUAACUGAACCUACAGUUACCGGCAACAACGUAACUGGACCUACAGGUACCGGCAACAACGUAACUGGACCUACAGGUACCGGCAACAAUGUAACAAGCGACCUAACAGAGCCAGGAGAGAUGACAACCCCCACAGCUAACUUCAGCGUCACACCAGACACCCUCACCUCCUCUACCGUACAGGAAGUCAACACCAGUAUCACUAUGACUACCUCUGUCACCCAGCCAAUCAACUCCAAUACACACCGAUCAGUCAACACAGAGGCGGGACCAAAGGGGUCAGAGGUCAACAGCUCCACGGACAGUCCAAUCAGAGUCCCAUCCACGGCCCAAUCAGGAUCCACCUAUCCAAGCAAGGUCCAAUCAGAUCAGCCCACUCCAUGGAGGGUCCAGAGGAACGAGUCUGAAGCACAGACCUCCAGCUUUGGUGGUCAGGCAGGCCCAGUGUCCACUACGCUAAACCCAGAGAAGAGCACCCCGGCUGGGGAGAAGGAAGACCACACCCUGGAGACCUCCACCACCUCCACCUCCACUUCCUCCCAUGGGGAGACAGGUCCCAGUAGUGGUCAGAGGUACGUGGUGGUGUGGGUUCUGCUUCCUGUCCUGGCUCUGCUGCUCGUGGUAGGGUUUCUCUACAGACGGUACAUCAUCCAGAAGAGGAUGGACCUCCCUCCCCCCUUCAAGCCUCCUCCCCCUCCAGUGAAGUAUUCCUCUUUGAGAGCUCAUGAGGUCCACAUGACCGACAUCCUCACCUGAAGGGGGAGCUGUUGUAUUUGUUUUAUGGUUAAAUGAAACCCUCCAUUGGUCCUCAUUCAUUUUAUAGUGAUACUUAAUGCGCAUCCUCUGAUGUCAGAAAUAUAAAUUAGCCUUUUACUGUAAUACAUUUUCUGUGCCAAUGCUGUGUGAUUUAAUGGUGCCCCUUUACAAAGCUGGACUUUGAAGCCUUUUCUUCUGUUAUGUUGCUAUGCGUUUUUGGAGCUUUUACCAAAGAGUAUGAUAUUUAUUGUUACAGAAAUGUUUUUAUGGUUAAACUUUGGUGUGAAUUAAGGAAACCAAAAUAUUCUUUAUUAAAUUUGUAAAUGUUAUAUUUUCUUUUACCAGAUAUAUUUUAUGAAAUAAUUAAGAUUGCAAUUGAAUGUAUCCAAUCUGUUUAAAUAAAGAUCUUAAACAUA